AUGUCUCAUCAUACUGCUGAAGAGCUUGCCUUCAAGGCAGAGCAUGACGCUGUCACAUCCUACGAGAAAGAUUGGGAUGGCUGGGAUGGCCCGCAAUGGCCUAUUGGCACUAUCCAGUGCUCUAUACGUAUGGACUAUGUGAAAUGCAUGCACCUUAGUUCUAACUUUCCAACAGAGGCCCAAUGGAAAGGUGUCUCUCCUCGUCAGAUCGUGACGAAUAAUAUGGAAAAUCGACAUCCGAUGAGCGGUAGUGGGAGCGGACCAACAAAUGAUAAGGCAACUUCGAAGGAAGUGACUGGCGCCUAG